AUGGAGAGAGGUAAAGGGCAUGUGUGCAAGCUCUGUGGUCAGAGAUUUGUGAGCGGCAAGGUCCUGGGAGGUCACAUGAGGUCUCACGCUUUCAAGAAUCCGAUCAAAGAGAAAAGAGUGCACAAGAAAUCCCACGUGGGUUUUCAAGAUGAAGGUGCCAAUGUGGGUUAUGGCCUGAGGCUAAACCCCAAAAGGUCAUGGAGAUUUUCAGGAAAAGAAGAAGAAGAAGAACAAGAAGAAGAAGAGGUGGAGAUUCUGUGCAAGGUUUGUGGGAAAGCGUUUGAGUCAAAGAACAGUCUUUUUGGUCAUAUGAGGCAUCACUCUGUGAAACAGAGGAGUGAGGCUCAGAGGUGUAGAGAUUGCGGUAAAGGGUUUGAGUCUUUGAAGUCUUUGGGUGUUCAUAGGAGAGUUCAUACAAGAAGAUUGAAGGGUGUUGAUGAAGCAGAGAGGAGUUUAGCCCAGAAGCUUUGGAUUGAGAAUUUGGAGGUGGUGAGGAGAAAAAGAUCUGCAAGAUUCAGGUACAGGAUUGGUUCUUCUCCUAGUUCUUCAUCGUUUUCUGGUUUGAAUUUGAAUGAAUGUGGAUUUGGUAAUGGGUGUGGAGUAGAUAUAGAAGAGGCUGCUUUUUGCUUGAUGAUGAUUUCCAGGGGUUUAGGGAAUUGGGGUCAGAUUAGUUCAGUGACUGAGUCCUCAAAUAACAACUCGUUUUCUGUUGAGGUUGUGUCACCGAGUCAAAAGAAGCGAUUUAGGGACAAUGAGGUGGGGGGUUUUGGUUGUGAUGGUGAUUCUGGGUCUUCACAGAUCAAAAGGGCCAAGGUGGAGAUGUCUGCUGAUUGUGUUUUGGAUUAUGAGAAUGGCUCUAGUGUAAAGGCAGUGUCUGAAUUUGGUGAUGGGUUUCUAAGUGAUGAGAUGCCUAAAUCUGGGUUUGUGUUAUAUGGCAUUGAGGAAUUGGAUGUCAAAAUGAGUGAGGAAGUGGAAGUGGGUUUAUCAGGUUUGGGGUCUAUGAAGUUUGGUUUGAGCAAGGGGGCUGUGUUGAAGGCUUGUGAUUCUGUGAACAAAGUGGUGUGUGCUACUGAAUCUGAAACCUUUGCUGAUUCUGAGAAGAAAAGAGAACACAUGUGCAGGAUAUGCAGAAGGGUUUUCAGUAGCCCUCAGGCACUUGGAGGCCACCAGAGAGUUCAUAAGAGAGAUCACAAAAGUUCAGGGCUGAAGAAUGAGGAUGGUGAAGACAGAACUCAGAUUGGCACAUUUUGUGAGACUGAGGAUAAGUGCAAUCCUGCCAAACUUCAAUGUAGUUAUAGCUCAGUGGAGCAGGAGAUGGAAACUGUAACAGUGGGAGGUUCUGAGAGAAAGGGUCACAUUUGUGGAAUAUGCUUGAAGGUUUUUCCAUCAGGUCAAGCUUUGGGUGGUCACAAGAGGUCUCAUUAUGUCAAGGACUCGGAGAUAGCGACAGAAGAGACCAGAGUAAUGAAGCAACAGAUUUCUGAUAUCUGUGAUGCAUUUGAAGUCGGUCACAAACUUCAGGAGGAGAAUGAUGGUGUUGAAUAUAAGCCAUGGUGGACUGGAACUGAACAGAAGCAUGAGAUGCUGGUGGGUUUGAUCCCCAACUAA